CAGGCGAUAGGAGAGAAAGAGGUGAGGCGGUCUUCCUUCAUAGGUCCUCUCUCUCUUCUCUCUCUCUCUCUCUCUGUAUGUGUGUGUGUUAUUGUGUGUGCAAAGUCAUCUGUGUGUGUGCGUGUGUUUGUGUGCGCGUAAAGGAAUCUUUGUACUAUUUCUUAUACUGGACUUCUCUGAAUUUAAAGACCUCCCUCUUUUUCUCUCUCUCACACAAUCUUUUUCUUUUGCUUCUCUGUUUAACGAAACCCCUCUUAAUUUAGCAGAGCACUAGCUAAACUGAAGACAUCUGCUAAUUUAGUGAGAGAAAAACUGAGAGAGAGAGAGAGAAGCUUAAGACAAUACCCACCAAAAAUCUCUCUCUAGAAAUGUCUGAUUUAAAGGGAAAUAAGAAGAGAUUAACAAUCAACCUCUCCUUCUUCGAUAACCCAACAAAAUCAGCUACCAAAUCUCCAAAGAAUUUCGAGCCAAACGGUGUUGUAGGGCUCGGAAUUGUUGCGGCUAUGAACGAAUUGGAUCAGAGCCCCGAUCCAUUUUCCCCUGCUAAAUCUAACAGAAACACUGUUUUGGCGGUUUCACCGAGAUCCACCCCAAUCCCGAUAGUGAACAUCAACAACAAUAGCUCUGUUUCUGCUAAAUUUAGCGGGGUUGCUAAGUUUGGGGGAUCCAAAUUGGAGGAGGAAAUGGAGUUGUCUGAGGGGUAUACUUGUGUAAUUUCGCAUAUCGGGAACAAUCUGAUUAAGAAGCGAGAGUACUUUGAUGGUGAUUUAGCUAAUGGGUCUGAGAGUAGCACUAGUUAUUGGAUGAGUUCUGGAGUGUUCUCUGCUUCUUCGCCUCCGAGUCACGGCCGCGAUGGACUCCGCGGCGACGCAGCAUCGGCCUUGACGGGGUUUCGGACAACGGAUUUUCUGAGUUCUUGCUAUCUCUGCAAGAAGAAGCUUCAUGGACUGGACAUUUUCAUGUACAGGGGAGAGAAAGCAUUUUGUAGCUCUGAGUGCCGCUGCCAGCAGAUUUCAAUGGACGAACACAAAGAAAAAUGCAGUUCCGGGGUGAUGAAAACACUAGAGUACUCUGUCUCUCCUUGCUCCGGUCCAAUGCAGUUUUUUGCUGGGAUGGUUGCGGCGUAAACACUCAUUGUCCUGUGUUUAUAAUAGAUAGAUAUAUAAAUAAAGGAAAAUCAUAAAGGAAGUUCGUUUGCAGGACAUAAUAUUCCUAGGGGGUUGAGCGGGUGAUCUCUGAAUCUUUUGAGUGCAUGAACAUUUUUAGAAGAUGAUUUGAAUGAGAGAUCUCGAUAGUUUGUUUGGUGAGCCCAAAGAGAAAAAAAAAAACAAAAUUAUAUAAAGAUUAUUACAUUUUCUAGAUAUUAUAGUUGUUAUAUUAAUAAGAAGUAUCAGUACUCCAUAUCUGAAUGUUGUAAUAAAAGUACUUUUAUGAGUCUUUCCCAGUUCAAGAAA